GAAGGGUUCAUGGAGAGUUCACUCGCAUAUAUUAGGCAAUCCAAUCUUUCAUUUUGUGUGACACAAGUAGUAGGAAGUGAGCUGCUCAAAAGCAGAAGGAUCUAUUCGCUUCAGAAGGGGGGACCUGGGUCCCGGAUGAAAUAAAGCUUGUUAUUUUUACCCACUUUCAGCUCAGUUCCAGCUGGAGAGCAGGUUCAGCGUCUUCACCGCUGCAGAAGGCUGCAAGCAGCUCCAGGAAUUUAGAGACAUUUUGCCCUGCAGCUGACAGCUUGGAUUUCUCCUCCCCCUCCCUUAUUUCGCCUGAUCUGCUGGAAUGGCUGGGAAGCUUGGAAAAUAGUAAAUGAUCAUUUGGAUCAAUUACAGGCUUUUAGCUGUGUUGUCUGUCAUAAUUCAUGAUUCUGGUCUGGGAAAUAGACCAACAGCCGACGUGCCAAAAAAAAGGGGCAGAGUUUGAUGGAGUUGGGUGUACUUUUCAAUGCCAUUUUACUCUGCACCUAAAGGAAAAGCACUUUUCCAGGCGUUCUGUAUAGGGGGGACAUCAUGUUUGACUGUAUGGAUGUGCUAGCUGUGAGCCCUGGGCAAAUGCUGGAUUUCUACACUGCAAGCCCGUCUUCUUGCAUGCUCCAGGAAAAAGCUCUUAAAGCAUGCUUCAGCGGAUUGGCACAGACAGAAUGGCAGCACCAGCACCGGCACAGUGCUCAAUCCAUCGAAACACAGAGUACUAGUUCCGAGGAGCUGGUGCCGAGUCCCCCAUCCCCACCCCCUCCUCCUCGAGUUUACAAACCCUGUUUUGUGUGUCAGGACAAGUCAUCAGGAUAUCACUAUGGAGUCAGUGCAUGUGAGGGGUGCAAGGGCUUCUUCAGGCGGAGUAUUCAGAAGAACAUGGUUUACACUUGUCACAGGGAAAAGAACUGUGUUAUCAAUAAAGUGACACGGAAUCGCUGCCAGUACUGCAGACUACAGAGGUGCUUUGAAGUGGGAAUGUCCAAAGAAUCAGUGAGAAAUGACAGAAACAAGAAGAAGAAAGAGCCCUCGAAACAGGAGUGUACAGAGAACUAUGAGAUGAAUGCCGAGCUCGAUGACCUGACAGAGAAAAUCAGAAAAGCGCAUCAAGAAACCUUCCCCUCCCUGUGUCAGCUGGGAAAAUACACUACGAAUUCGAGUGCUGAUCACCGGGUGCGGCUAGACCUUGGUUUAUGGGAUAAAUUUAGUGAACUUGCAACAAAGUGCAUUAUUAAAAUAGUGGAAUUUGCAAAGCGGUUACCUGGAUUUACAAGCCUGACCAUUGCAGAUCAGAUCACUCUACUAAAAGCCGCCUGUCUGGAUAUUUUGAUUCUUAGAAUUUGCACAAGAUAUACGCCUGAGCAGGACACAAUGACUUUUUCAGAUGGCCUUACACUCAACCGAACUCAGAUGCACAACGCUGGGUUUGGUCCACUCACCGACCUUGUGUUCACAUUUGCCAACCAGCUCCUGCCCCUGGAAAUGGAUGACACAGAAACUGGCCUGCUCAGUGCCAUCUGCUUAAUUUGUGAAGACCGUCAGGAUCUUGAAGAGCCGGCUAAAGUAGAUAAGCUGCAGGAGCCAUUACUGGAAGCAUUGAAAAUGUAUAUCAGAAAGAGAAGACCCAACAAGCCCCAUAUGUUUCCAAAGAUUUUAAUGAAGAUCACAGAUCUUCGCAGCAUUAGUGCAAAAGGUGCAGAACGCGUUAUCACACUGAAGCUGGAAAUACCCGGAUCAAUGCCGCCCCUCAUUCAGGAAAUGCUGGAGAACUCAGAAGGCCACGAGGCAUCCAGUCCAAGUGAGAAUGCACCAGAGCACAGUAACAGCAUCUCAACUAAACCAGAGGAGGAGAAGGUCAGCAAAUGUGCACAGGUGCAAUAGGGCCUGACCCUCCACAAGACAUUCCCAACACAAUAUGCACACAAGGAUGACAAGCAAGGAGCAGCUUUCCCAACCCCGUUGAUGAAUUUGCAGAUCCAAAACGCGUUCAGAUUCCUCAGCAAGAAAAGACCAAGCUGGUUUUCAUUUAUAUAAACCUAUAUACUUUUGCUGUUUACAUUCUUAACUUUUGCUGGACUCUUACAAAUAGAAGAAAACCACACUAAAAACAGCCAUUUUACAGAACAAGAAAUAAAGCUACGUCUAUUUUCUCUUCCGAUCAUCAGAUUGCAUGAUCUUUGAAGACUUUGUACAUAACCUAUUUACUGUUCUUUCUGCUGGAUGUUUGGUGCUUUUCAUCUGUCUUGCAUACAUAAAAAUGAUCAAGACGAGAUUAAAAAAAAAAAAAAUGUAAAAAAAAAAACAAAGCAAAUGGACUGUUGUAUGUGUCCAUGUAAGGAGCAUAGGCUGUCAAAUAGGUCAUAACAUGCCCUUAACUGCAUUGCGUCUAUUCCCCUCCUCCGGCCUGUCGGAGGAAGUUGUGGAGGAAAAUUCACUACAUUAUCUGAAGCCAGUUUUGUAUCUGAGUAACUGCCUGUUCCGUUAGAAGACAUUUUAUUGUAGAGUUGUCAGUGUCACUUUAAGAAGGUGGAUCAAACAGAUGUGAUUGUUCUGGUGGACGAUAUUUACAGGUGGAUUACUGCAGUAAUUGUAGCCUCAAAGGCACUUUCCAGUGUUACAAUGUUUUUUUUGUCUGUUUCCUUUUUUCAUGUUUACCUGUUCACAAGCCAUUAGAGAAAUGUUUGUGUGUGGUUCACUACUUAUGAGUGGGUAUUACAUAAAAGCCCCUUUACCCUUUUAUUUUACCCAGAAUACAUCUCUCUUGUGCAAACCCCUCAUCUCACUACAACUCUAAAGUUAUGGGAGUCCGGCUGAAACACCAUUUGGGCUACUUGAGAACGGCAGAGCAUGCUAGGAGCUGCUAUCCUUUAACACUAGCGGCAGCUGCAGGUUUUCUCAGCUGUGUGUGUCCUACAAUAGAGAUGAGCAAAUCGAUUCCUCUCAUCAGCAGGGCUUCUGUCCCCGCAAAUGAAGAAGCGCCCACCUGCCGGAAGAUUGACAGGGCCGGACAUUUAGCCAUGACCAUUUCCCGGCGACUGUGCAGACGCGGUACUGAAGCUGAGCCUGUGUCCUUGCUCUGUUAACCAGAGCAGCGUCAGGUCAGGGCUGGGCUAAAUGUCUGGCCCUGUCAAUGUGGCAGCAGGUGGGCGCUUCUUAAAGGACAUCUGUCAGCAGAUUUGUACCUAUGACACUGGCUGACCUGUUACAUGUGCACUUGG